AUGCAGUUCCUCGUGCCUCUCCUGCUGUUUCUCUCACUCUGCUUAGGCCAACAAAAUGAAGGAUCUGUAUACACCCCCCGGAUAAGCUCAGGCUAUGGCAAUUGGUCUGAAGCAUACAGAAAAGCCCGCGAAUUCGUCUGUCAGUUAACGUUGACCGAAAAAGUCAACCUCACAACGCAAGUCGGCACGGGCCAGACCCAAGGCUACGACAUUGGCAUCAUCCCCCGGCUGAACUUUCGAGGAUUUGCGGCUGAUGACUCGCCCUCCGGCGUGCGAGGAACCGACUAUUCCUCCGCCUUUGCGGCGGGACUUAACCUGGCCAUGUCCUGGGAUAGAGAGCUAAUCUAUGCUCAAUCAUACGCCAACGGAGCGGAGCACAAGGGCAAAGGCGUCAAUAUCGUCUAUGCCCCCGUGGCCGGUCCGCUGGGGCGAGCGCCAACCGGGGGGCGCAUUUUCGAGAGCUACUCUCCAGAUCCGUAUCUCUCAGGGAUCGCCUUCGGGACAUCGAUUGCAGGAAUGCAGGCUGCCGGAGUGAUCGCCGUCGGGAAACACUUCAUCCUCUAUGAGCAGGAGCAUUUCCGCCAAGUCAUCGAAUGGAACUCGUACGGGCUGGGCCCGAAUAUCACGGAGCCGUACUCGUCGAACUGUGAUGACCGGACUUUGCACGAGCUCUAUCUGUUCCCGUGGUACGACGCUGUAUACAGCGGCAUGGCCGGGGUGAUGUGUUCCUACAACCAGAUCAACAAUACCCAGGCGUGCCAGAACAAUCACAUCCUGAAUGACAUCCUCAAGGGCGAACUCGGCUUCCAGGGGUUUGUGACCAGCGACGACGGGUCCCAGCACGACGGAGUCCUCACCGCGCUGGCAGGAAUGGACAUGACUAUUCCUGGAGAGACCUCUCCGAACGGUAUCGCCGGGCUAGGGAUCUCAUUCUGGGGGCCCAAUCUCACCAUGGCCGUGCUCAAUGGCAGCGUGCCCGAGUGGCGGCUUGACGACAUGGCCACCAGGAUUAUGGCUGCUUACUACUACCUCGGCCAGGACCAGGAUUUCCCACCACUGAGCUUUGCAGCAGCAGAUUACUCUACGUACGGAUACGAGUAUCCGCAAGCGCAGGUCGACUACACGCAGAUCAACUGGCACGUCGAUGUGCGUCAGAAUCACUCUCAGAUCAUCCGUGCGGUGGGCGCCAACUCGAUCGUGCUGCUGAAGAAUAACAACGGCACGCUUCCUCUCAGGAAACCCAGACAGAUUGCCGUCAUCGGCGAGGAUGCUGGUCCUUCGCCCUACGGUCCCAACGGCUGCACUGAUCGGGGCUGCGUUAAUGGCACGCUUGCGAUGGGCUGGGGGAGUGGUAGCACAAAUUUCCCGUAUCUGGUCGACCCCUUGUCUGCCAUCCAGCAGCGGGCGUUGAAAGACGGUACCGAAGUGCAAUAUGUCUUGAAUAAUUUCGCCACUGCGCAGAUCGACUCUGUAGCGUCGCAAGCCACCGUGUGUCUCGUGUUCAUCAAUGCCGAUAGCGGAGAGGGAUAUAUCGAGGUGGGCGGCAACUACGGCGACAGGAACAAUCUCACGGCAUGGCUGGGCGGAGAUGCUCUCGUCCAACGGGUUGCUGCGAACUGCAGUCAGACGGCGGUCAUCAUCCAUGCGCCAGGGCCCAUUCUGAUGGAGGACUGGAUCGACCACCCGAAUGUGACGGCGGUGCUCUUUGCCGGGCUCCCGGGACAGGAAAGCGGGAAUUUGCUGGUCGACGUGCUGUACGGCGACGUCAACCCAUCUGGCAAACUUCCCUGGACCGUGGGCAAGGCUCGCGAGGACUACGGGACUGAUGUGUUGUAUGAACCCAAAGGGCCAGUGCCGCAGAUCGACUUCACAGAGGGCCUGUUCAUCGACUAUCGCUGGUUCGACAAGCAGGGCAUCGAUCCUCGCUUUGAAUUCGGCUUUGGGCUGAGCUACACGACGUUCGACUAUCAGAACCUCAGCAUCGAGACCUUAAAAGCCUCUCCAGCGACAGCAACAACCACAUCGCCAGUAGCUUCAACCACCGUCAAUCCUUCUAGGUGCCCGACCACCAGCCUCAAUCCGUCCGACUACACGUUUCCAUCGACGAUCAGCUCGCUGACGAAUUACAUCUACCCGUACAUCGCUCCCAAUGCGACAAUCUCUACCGCUGCCGCCGGUACACCGACGCCCACUAUCAUCCCGGAGGCAGCAGGUCCUCAGGGAGGAAACCCGGCGUUGUACGAUGUGCUGUACCGGGUGACAUUGACGCUGAAGAACAACGGAACCGUUGCGGGGCAAGAGGUGGCCCAGCUGUAUCUGGACUUGGACAAUGGGGAGCCCAGUCGCCAGCUUCGGGGGUUCAACAAGACGUUCCUGCAGGCCGGGGAGACCAAGGACGUCACGUUUGAUCUGCGGAGGAGAGAUGUGGCGAUUUGGGAUGUUGUGAAGCAGGAGUGGGUCGAGGUCAAGAAACUGGGGACAAAGAUUGGGGUGUAUGUUGGGGCCAGCUCGAGGGAUUUGCGUCUGACGGGGGAGAUCUGA